UAAUUUCUUUCCGAAUCAUUCUAUUGAAGCGCAGCCGCUUAUAACGCGCACCAGCGCAAGAUAAGACCUCUGAUUGUCGGUCACUCAUCCCCGGAAGAGUGCAGAAACAACUGCUCAGGAAGACUUAAACCAAUAGGAUCCAGCGCCGUCUGGUUGAGAUUUAGGGGUGAUAAUUGAAGCAGUUUUGACUCACAGACAAAACUGUCCCACCAGACUUGGACCUGACAGUUUACCUACCUGCAGCUGAACAUGGAGCGCAAAAUUCCUGAUUUCUCUGGCACUUGGGAGAUGAAAAGCUCUGAAAACUUCGAGGAACUCUUAAAAGCUUUGGGUGUGAAUGUUAUGCUGCGCAUGAUUGCAGUAAAAGCAGCCUCCAAGCCACUGGUGGAGAUCACGCAAGAUGGAGAGACCCUCUCUAUCAAAACUUCCACCACAGUCCGCACCACCCACAUCACCUUCACCGUGGGGCAAGAGUUCAACGAGACCACAGUGGAUGGACGUGCCUGCACGAGUUUUCCACAUUGGGAGACAGACAGCAAGAUCAGCUGUGAGCAGACUCUGCAGAAAGGAGAGGGACCCAAGACGUCCUGGACCCGAGAGAUCACCAGUGAUAGCAAACUGAUCCUGACCAUGAGAGCAGAUGAUGUGGUGUGUACCAGGGUCUACGAACGACAAUGAACAAGAGCACUUCUCACGUUUCAUCCUCCCAGCUUCUCUUCCCUCUGCUGCAUCACCAUGUCUGUCACAACACUACUUUCUCAAUGCUGGGAGAUAACAACCUAUAGUUUAAUUCCAGUUCCCCUGUUAGCUUCACCAUGUAAUAAGUGUGGUUAUUGUAUCUAGCAUGUAAUGUAUACACUAUAGUCUGAGCUCCUGUGUUUUCCAUCUGUCUCAUCAAACUUAACCAGCUGGAGUUUUAAACAUGAAUGUACGUGUUGCGUUGUUAGCUUGAUUUGCUCUAUGACAGCUCACGUAUUUGUGUUGUCUGUAUGUGUGUGGGUGUGUGUGUGUGUGUGUGUGUGUGUGUGUGUGUGUGUGUGUGUGUGUGUGUGAGUGUGUGCAAGUGCUGUUUGACAGCAGAUGAGGUGUGAGACUAUAUUUGUAGGUGUGUAAACCGUAUGAGCUCUUCCAGUAUCAGGUCAGUUUUGACAUGUCCGUAUGACCUCUCUGUUUCUGUAACUCUGCCCACCAACUUUUUCUAUCUCAUGAUGUCAUUUUAUAUUUAUUACUACACUAGACUUGAUUUUUACAUUGUGUCUCUUUUAUAUUAAAUAUGAUCAUAGGAAAAUAACACUUUCUAUGGGAAAAACAUUAAACCACGUAAUUAACUCA